AUGGAGCAAGAGAAGGUGAGGAUUCGUCUGGUGUUUGAGGAUCAACGGGUUCUGAGUAAGACCCAGAAGAAGCAAGGUCUCAAGCGGAGCUGGGUUGUUCUGAAUCCUAAACUUCACCGAACUGUUUCAGAGUUUUCAGCUCAUCUUCUUCACACAUUUUGCCUCUUCGAAGCUUGUCCUCAUGGCCUCUCUCUAUCUAUGGACGGUUUCGUUUUACCGCCGUUUGAGUCAAGCUCUGUGUUGAAGGAUAAAGAUAUUGUGUGUGUUAAGAGAAAGAAGGAACCUUUGUUAGAGAUUGUUGAGGAAGAGAGUGAGGAGAAUGUUUGUGCUGCGAUUGAGGGUGACGAGAGGGCUUUUGGUGCGAUGCUUCUUGCUAAUGAGGAGUUCCAGAAGGAAACUGGAGGGUAUGAAAGUGAGUCUGAGGAAGAUGAGUUUGAAGAGAUUGUUGUAGAGAAGAAGAUUUCAAAGAAACGUAAAGCUUCGAGCAAAAGCGCAAGCCCCAAGAGGAAGAAGUGUAAGAUAGCUACUACUGAAGAAAGUCCUGUGGAAAGAGAGACGGAAGCUGUUGUAAGCAAAAGCAAUGUUGUCAAGAAGAGGAAAACAUCGGAUGCACAGAGAACUGAAAAUGAAGAGCAGGAUGAAGUUAAAGCCAAGUCUAUGACCAAGUCAAAGAAGUCCUCGAAACAAGCAGAAAGCAAAGAGCCUACCGAACAGUGCAACAUGUCUGGUGAAACUAAAAAGACACCUAGCAGAAGCGCUCGGCGUAAAAAGGCUAAACGCCAAUGGUUGAGAGAGAAGACCAAACAAGAGAAGGAAGAGUAUUUACAGUUUAAACAGAAGCAGAUGGUUGUAGCACCCAGCCAAAAACCAGCUUUCACUACAAACCACCAAGUAACCAAGGAAAAUCGCUCUGAAGCUCUCGAAACUCAAAAGCCAGAUGAUAAAGGUGAUGAAGUGGUUCCUGUGGAAGUGAGGCCAGGCCACAUUCGCUUCGAGCCGCUCGAUGAAACAGAUCAAGAUUCCCCUGAAACUGCACCUCCUGCGGAAAAUUUUGUGUGGAAGGGGAACAUGACGAAGAAGAAAGGCCAAAAAUGGGGAACAGAGAAGGCAGGAUUUUCCAAACGAUAUGCUCAGGAUAUGGAUGAAGAUACUUAUCAGACACAGUUCACUGAGGCAGAGACAAUUACUAAGGAUCAGAUCGACUUUGAACAGCUUGUGGCUUAUUCUGGCUCAGUAAAGAAAGGAGAUGUUAUUGCAUACCGUCUCAUUGAGCUAACAUCAUCUUGGAAUCCUGAAGUUUCCCCCUUUCGAGUUGGAAAGAUAAGCUACUAUGAUCCAGAAACCAAGAAGGUGACUUUGAUGCCUGUUGAUGAAUAUCCAAUGGAGAAGAAGACAGAAGAGGAGACCGACGGUUCCUCAGUGCAACCUGAUACAUCACUUUAUAAAGAAGACGGAUCCUUGGAGAUAGAGUUUUCUUCUCUGCUCGAUGUCCGCUGCAUCAAAACUAGCAGCUCAGAUACCUCAGAAGUCGCCAAGUCAGCACCGCCCAAACCUGACCAAACAGCUACAAAUCCAAAACUGAGCACAGACAACUGUGUGCAAACCCCUGUAAAAGGAAAUGGGAAAGUGGACCCUUGGGAAGAACUAAGUAACGCUCUAAGCGCGAAAAAGGCACAACUGUCUCAAACCAACAAUGGGUGGAACAAGAAAGCGAGUUCAAGUGGAGUCUCAACGUGGUCUUCCAAGGCACUGCGAGGCAGCGGAAUGGGAGGUGUAGUGAGCUAUCUAAGAUCUCAGAAAGAGAUAUGAUCAACUAGGUUUAACAUCUUUUCGAAUCUCUGAUGAUUUUUCCUUUUUAAAUAAUAGUAGAUGAAAAAAACUCAGACAAAAGAAGAGAAACCAUUUUGUUUUGAUCUUGUGAAGGCAUUGCUGAGUUUUCGUUUGAGUAGGAUUUUAUGUAUAGAGAAAAAAGAUGGAUGUGUUCUCCUCAAAGAUCAUUUUAUUUUUAUGCUGAGAGUCCAUUCAAAAUGUGUUUGUAUCAAUCAUAUCCAUUCUUGAAC